AUGGAUUUCGAAAACUCCUUCAUCCUAGGCUAUGCCCUGGGAAUCUUCGUCCUGGCAUGCGUCUCUAUCGGGUUUGCCAUUUAUCGCAUCGUCUACUGUGGGCGUCUCGUCAAGAACCGCCUUUGUGACGACAAGAGAUCAGGUCAGCCUCUUGGGGCUCGUCGACUCACCUUCCACUCCACCGAAGAGGACAAGGAAAAACUGCUGCUCCAAUCAGGCUUCAAAACUUCUCUCGUGGGCCAGAGCAUACUGGUUGGUUGGUUCGCAAUGAUGAUAGCAGCUUUCAUAGCGAUGGUUGUCUUGGCGACUGUCAGCUACUACUACGACAUCUACACCUCUUGGGGUACCGACUGGAACGGUAUAAUGGGGCCUUACAUUGUGGUUUUCGCCAUCUUCCACAUCAUAGUAGCGUUCAUGAUACAAUUUUACGAUUCUAUCAGGACCAAAUUCAUGUUGCCGGAAAUUGACCUUGGCGAAGCCACUCACGUAUUGAUUGAAGAAGAGGUUCCUGAGAUGGACGAUUCUGAUAUGCUUGACCCUGGCAUGGCGAAGGAGGAGCGAAUUCCGAAAGUCUUCCUGAACCUCAUUAACGCUUGGCGCGGUUUGGUUUUGCGAUACAAGCAGGCCUCACGCAAGACGUUGAUAAAGAUUCAAAAUGAGGACGGUGAUAGGACUAUAGAAUACACUUGUGUACGUUACUACUAUGAUGGAGGAUCAGAUCGAUUCCGACCAGUUGGCCGCGAUGAGAAUGUGUCCGUUGCCGAAGCAGUGAAUUUGGUGAACGCCGGGGGAUUGUCUGAGCCCCAGGCGGAUUCUACUAGGAGGGUCGUGGGCACGAACGAGAUCCGUGUCAGGGUCCCCGGGAUAUUUGAGAGUUUAAUCACUGAAUUCAGCAGUCUGUUCUACGUGGUUCAGAGCAUGGGCUCGUGGACGUACCUCGGGUAUAGCGGGUGGAACGUUGGUUUGGUGUGGUUACUCAUGAUGAUCGUCACUGGUUGCAUCAAGGCACUCUUCAUCGUGCGGAAAAGUCAGAAGAAAAUCUCCAGGUUGGCUCAGCAUAGUGCCGAUGUGAAAGUGCUGCGAAACUCUUGUUGGGUAGUGGUGGACUCAAAGGAGGUCGUCCUUGGUGAUAUCAUCAUGAUCGAGGAGCAGGAGAAUCUGCCUUGUGAUGGAUACGUCGUGGGCGGUACGGUGGUUGUGAACGAGUCCAUGCUCACUGGCGAGCCUCUGCCGGUCCAGAAGGUUGCUGCUGAGAAAUAUGACGGAGCGAAGUUUGCUGCUAAGAAUAUGGUUUAUGCAGGUACCCUUUGCAUGCAGUCGACAGGGCCACACCUGGGUCAUGCUGUGAUGGUGGUCACGGCGGUUGGCGGGCUCACAAGCAAAGGCCAACUGGUCCGGAUGGUCAUGUUCCCUCAGUCAGUGAGGUUCAAGUACCAUGACCAAUUACCGAUCGUAUAUGGUAUCAUGUUCGCCUAUGCUAUAUUGUUGUCUAUACUCUACUUCGUCCUUACUGAUAUGGGAGAUUGGAUUGUUACUAUAUUGCAAGUGUUGGUUACAGUACUACAAUCGCUGAAUCCUAUGCUACCAGUAGCGAUGGUUAUGGGUCAAACAGUAGCUGCCAAACGUUUACGUAAUCAUCAUAAAAUAUUCUGCCUUCAACCUGAGAGGAUACCAGUAGCCGGUAAGAUCUCUAUUAUGGUAUUCGAUAAGACCGGCACUAUCACUAAGGACGGGAUGGAACUGUCCGGAGCCGUACCAGUGGAGAACGGCGUUUUCAGUGAACGCGUAGAUCUUAGCUCGACCACUGAGAGUGCCAAGCUAUGUGGUUCUAUGACGGUGAGUGAUAAGGUAGCCCAGUCCCCCCUACUACUGCAGUAUGGCCUGGCAGCGUGUCAUACAGUGACGUCUCUGAGGGACGGUCAACUGGUUGGCAAUCAGGUAGAGGUCGCCAUGGUUAAAGCCUCGGGUUGGUCACUCCCGGCUGUUGGUAGUGCUGAUAUGCUCUUCUCGUCUCCUGAUGGUUCGUCUCAAUUGAGGAUGGUUCGCCAGCUUGAAUUCGAACACACCCGUAUGACCAGUGGAUGCGUCGUUAGAGACGGGAAGGGGGACCUUAUUGUUAUUGUGAAGGGCUCUUAUGAGAAGGUCCAGGCUGAAUGCGAUGAUGGUGCAGUCCCUGGCGACUAUGUUGAUGUUUGUGAGAGGCUGUCCUCGGGUAACUUCUAUGUACUCGGUAUGGGCUCUAAGGUACUCGAUCCGAAACUGGCUGAUGAUGAUGUGUUGAAGAUGACCAGAGACGAGUUGGAGGCGGGACUGUCACUUGUCGGUCUGCUGCUCUUCAAAAAUGAGGUUAAGCCGGAUAGUGCAUUGGCUAUCAGUAUGCUACGGGAAGGGGAUAUCCGCAGUGUGGUGUGUACCGGUGAUAAUCCAUUGACUGCCAUUGGUAUAUCUAAGGAGGUUGGUAUAAUAGAUGAUACCAAGCCCGUAUUACUUGCUCAUAUCGUUACCAAGGAUAAAGGAGGAUCAUCUCUGGUGUGGUCUGAUCCCGAGUCAGGUGACGAGAUGACUCCAGUGAAAGGAGUCCAUCAGUUAGUGGUAACCCGUGGGGCGUGGAGGUAUCUCUACUAUGAGGAACCUGAUGAGUUGGAGAAGUAUUGGUAUGAUAUACUAGUUUACGCUCGGAUGAAACCGUCUGAUAAAGUAUCGGUCGUUAAAUGGUAUCAAUCACAUAAAUUGGUAGUUGGCAUGUGUGGUGAUGGUGGUAACGAUUGUGGUGCCUUACGUGCCGCCCAUGCUGCAAUGGCAUUAUCCCAGGCUGAGGCGUCAAUGGUGUCACCCUUCAGCUCAUGCCGUGAUGGUUGUAGCCUCAUUACUGUAGUGGACCUUAUACGUGAAGGUAGGGCUUGUCUAGCUACUAACCUGGCUACUUACUCCUACUACAUCGUAUAUGCUUUUGUGCUCACCGGUGUGAGAAUCUCUGGUACCAUCAUCGGCAAUAACAACCUUGGCGAGUGGGUCUAUCUUAUGACCGAUCUUCUCCUCGGUGUCGGGAUGGUGUGGACGAUGACCCUGUCCGGUCCCACGAAGAAAUUGGCUGCCUAUCGGCCCACAGCGUCACUGCUUGGCUGGAGGACCAUAUUGUCAUGUGCCGUCCCCAUCGUGUGCUCUUACCUCUGCCAAAUUAUAGCGUAUGCUAUCCUCUGGUCGCCCAAGAACGCAGAUUGGUAUUACUAUGUCAAUACUCUGGAUUUAAACAUUCAGGCUAAGGACUGGACUAAGAAAGGCGACAACUACGACUCAGCUGUUCAGGUGUUCGUCCUGCUUGUCAUUUUGGUCACACACUGCUAUACUGCUUCCUAUGGAGGGGCCUUCCGCUGCAACAUCUUACGUAACUGGAGCUUGAAUAUAUUCUACCUGGCAUUUACUGCACUGAGCUUUGCCCUCCUCUGGGUGGACCCGUGUGAUUUGUCUUGUGUAUAUCGCGUUAGCUGCGACAGUGGGGCUUCUCUAGCCACUGGUGAGAUCCCGUUCGUGAGCCAGUUUUCAGUAGGCAACAUCGGUGGAUGCUUCUUGGGUACGCAGAUUCAUCGCUAUCAACUGCUCGGCUUUCCCAACUGGACCCCCGACUCGAGUGACGAGUGCAUGCCUCCACAGGCAGCUCUCGAUUUGCUACCCUAUGAUAGCCCGGAAAUCUCGACGCUCGGAUAUGAUGGUCCGAAUAACGUAUUCUCCACAGGCUACAGAAUUGAUGACACCAUUAUAUUGGGUUCGGCCGUUGUCUUCCUCCAUCUCUUUGUCAAGGUUGGUUUGCUUGGCCCAGUUGCCGGCAUAAUUCGCCGUUGGCAAGGGUCCAGGAAGGCUUCAGCUCAUCCUCUUCCCUAGCUGGAUCCUUUCGCCUCGCUUGAAUCCACAGUGUGGUGAUUGCACUGUAUGGAAUUCGGUGGUUGUAGGAUACAACACUGGUCAGUAGUAGUAGCUUAUACUACUGUGGUCUUAUUUCUGUGUUUCUUCCUAUCUGAAGUCGCUUCUUGCUCAAUUGCACGUUCGACAAGCUUUUGCCUUCGCGCGCCGCAUAAUUGACGAAGGGUCAAUUCCGGCACCCAUUAUGAUGUUAACGGCUGGCUAGAGCCUGUCCCUCGUUGCCUAAACAGCUACUGCCAUAGUUGUCACGAGUGCUGUUUGUUCAUCAUCAGUUUCUCGUUCUACUGCUUCAACUGUAGUUUAUCACUUACUAUCAGAAUAAGGCAC